GUCAGGCAUUCAGUUAUGGCGCAUUUAUUGAAGUUGUUGGUGACGUUGCUCUGCUUGGCUCUCAGCUGGGAGCCGGGUCAGUCGGCUGCCAUAGAGCAGGAGCGAGCGGGCAGCAGCGAGGCGACUCGGGACUGGUGGCAGGUGGCGCAGUUCUAUCAGAUCUAUCCGCGCUCCUUCAAGGACUCCAAUGGCGAUGGCAUUGGCGAUCUGCAGGGCAUCAUCUCCAAGCUGGACUAUCUCAAGGAACUGGGCGUGACGGCCACCUGGCUGUCGCCCAUCUUCACCUCGCCCAUGGCCGACUUUGGCUACGACAUCGCCGAUUUCUUUGACAUCCAGGAGGAGUACGGCACGCUGGACGAUUUCGAUCAGCUCAUUGCCGCUGCCAAUGAGCGCGGUCUGAAGAUCAUACUCGACUUUGUGCCGAACCAUUCCAGUGACGAGAACGUCUGGUUCCAGAAGUCGGUGCGCCGCGAGAAGGGCUACGAGGACUACUACGUGUGGCACGAUGGCUAUGUAAAUUCCAGCACGGGCCAGCGGAUGCCGCCCUCCAAUUGGCUGCAGGCCUUCCGGGGUAGCGCCUGGGAGUGGAACGCGCAGCGUGGCCAGUACUAUCUGCAUCAGUUUGCCGUUAAGCAGCCCGAUCUCAACUAUCGCAAUCCGGCGGUUGUCGCCCAAAUGAAGCGCGUCCUCACCUACUGGCUGGAUCGGGGCGUUGCCGGCUUUCGCAUCGAUGCCGUGCCCUGGUGCUUUGAGGUGGUGCCCGACGCGGACGGUCGCUAUCCCGACGAGCCGCUGAGCGGCUACACGACAGAUCCAGACGACGCGGCGUAUCUGAAGCACAUCUACACCCAGGAUCUGAUUGAGACCGUGGACAUGGUGUACCAGUGGCGCCAGCUGCUCGACGACUACCAGCGCAUUCAUGGCGGCGAUACGCGCGUCCUCAUGGUGGAGACCUAUUCGAGCCUGGACUAUGUCAUGAAGUUCUACGGCAAUCGCACAACCAAAGGCGCCCAGAUACCCUUCAAUUUCCAGUUCAUUGUCGGCGGCGAAGGCAACAAGAACAAUACGGAGUUGAGUGCGAAUGGAUUCGUGAAGAUCAUCAACAGUUGGCUGGGACAGAUGCCAGCCGGACAAACGGCCAAUUGGGUGAUGGGCAAUCAUGAUCAGCGUCGCGUGGGCAGUCGGUAUGGAGAGGGUCGCAUCGACAUUAUGAAUAUGCUGCAAAUGUUCUUGCCCGGCGUGAGCAUUACGUACCAGGGCGAGGAGCUGGGCAUGACAGACGGCUAUAUUAGCUGGGCGGAUACACGCGAUCCGGCCGCCUGCAACUCGAACGAGACCAUUUACCAGCAGUUCACUCGCGAUCCGGCCAGAACACCAAUGCAGUGGAGCAGCGAGGCGAACGCCGGCUUCUCCACCAACAGCUCCACCUGGCUGCCCAUCAAUCCCAACUAUGUGGCGGUCAAUGUGGCGGCAGAGUCGGCCGCCGACACCAGCCACCUCAAGCUGUACAAGCAGCUGGUGGAGCUGCGCAAGUCCAAGACGCUGCAGUACGGCAGCACACGCUACGCGGCCAUCAAUGAGAACGUGCUGGCCAUCAAGAGGGCGCUGAGUGGUCAGCCCACCUACGUGCUGGUGGCCAAUGUGCUGGACAGCCAAGUGUGCGGAGUGAAUGUGGCCAGCGAGCUGUACGCCUCCGGCAGCUACAAGAUCAAGCUGCUCAAUCCGCAGGCGAAGGCGACCGUGGGCAACAGCGUCGCGUUGAACAACCUCAGUUUGCCGCCAUAUGCGGCGCUGAUUGUGGAAUCUGUGUAGAUGGCCUUGAAAUUACAUGUCUUGUCAUAAGUCAUCAAGCACAGAUAUAUAGAUAUGUAUAUAU